ACACCUGAACCUGAGUGGACGUAAACUAGGAGAUUCUGGAGUUCGGUUUCUCUGUUUUUUACUGGGAAACUACCUUUUCAAGCCAGGAACAAUGGAGUUGUGUGGAUGCAGUAUUACAGAGGCUCAGUGUGUUCAGCUGAUUUCAGCUCUGUGUUUAAACCUGUCACAGCUGACACACCUGGACCUCAGUCAGAACAAACUAGGACACUCAGGAAUCAAGCGCUUGUGUGAUCUACUGAAACAUUCAGACUGCAAACUAGAUCAACUUGAGUUAAGAACGUGUGGUUUGACAGAUGAAGGUCUGGUUGCUCUGACUUCAGCUCUGAGUUCAAACCCGUCACACUUGAGAACGCUGGAUCUGAGUGGAAAUCGAUUAGGAGACUCAGGAGUUAAACACCUCUGUGCUCUUCUGAGUAAUUCACAAUGCAGUCUGGAAACACUCAAUCUGUGUGGAUGCAGUAUGACAAUGACACAGCAUGACCAGCUGAUUUCAGCUCUGUGUUCAAACCCGUCACACCUGACAGAACUGAACCUCAGUGGAAAUAAAAUAAAGGACACCGGAGUGAAGCGCUUGUGUCGACUACUUGAACAUUCAGAAUGCAAACUGGAGAAACUGAGCCUAAAUAAGUGUAAUAUUACAGAUGCUACUGCUUUAGCUGAUACUUUGGCUCAGACACAAGCAUUGGGGUUCUUAAGGGAGCUUGAUCUGAGUAACAAUAAAAUAAAGGAACUGAAGCAGCUUCGUGCGGUGCUAAAGGGCUCAAGCUGUGAACUGAGUUUAAAGAAUCAAGGUUUUUUCGCAGCUGUGUUUAAAAUUCCGGUAGCCUGGAAAGGGGGUGACAAGUCAUCAGAUGAGGAAGAUGGGGACAUUUUACCUCAAAACGCCUUCCGUCCACACCGAGACACGCGUUGUAGUGUGUACGAGGAAAACCAAUGUUUUAAAAACAGUGACGGGUUUUCGUCAUGUGAUUUGACGCAAAUGUUUUGGUAG